AUGGUCCAGUCCAUCGUGGACCAGAGCAUCACCAUCUACGACAACGAGAGUCUCAUCGCGCUUUACAAAGUUGCCUCGACCCACGUCAUCAAGUAUGCAACUGAUAUUCGUAAUCUCAAAGCCGCCCCCGCCAAUACUCAACUGAGGACAGAGUUGAGGGAGACGAUCAAUCUAGCAUUGGACAACUUGGAUCAAGGCGUCGAAAUGGACUCAAAGCAAACAUAUGCUGUCAGCGAGUUGUUUAUGUACAUGUUGAUGGCUACCACUAGACUCCUGUUGCUGAGGGAUCUGUGUGUGAAUGGCACGGCCUGGGAUGUCCCAGCUGCCACAAUCACCUCAAGCUAUAUGCCUGAGCUCAGGAACUGUAUAGCAUCAUACACCAAGUGGUGCGUCGACACAUACAAAGUUGGCUACAACAAGUUGAAAGCAGACAACGCCGACGACGUCAACCUGUUCAACAAGCUUCAACAAUACCGCAACUACAUGAUCACACAGGUGUUUGACGUUGUUUCUUUGUGGCCCUUCCUGAACCCGAAUCAGUUCCCCAAGGGCGCAGUCCAAAUGCAGCGCGCACGAGUGUUGCUCAGCGACACGGUUGGAUGUCCGGUGGGCACGACCAUUGGACCCAACUACUACACAGCCAAGUCCUCGGAUCUUGAGAAGCUGGUCACAUCAAACAAGUACUACGUGUGGCGCGGCGACCAUGAGAAGCUCUACCUCGGCAAAGAUGAGAUGCUCACGCGCUUCAUCACCAUCAGCAAUGGCUUCCAUAAUCGCAACAGUGCCACUGUGCGCCGUGACACCACUGUCCCUGGCUCAGAAAUAGUCGUGCCCGAGGAGAGUGUCGGCUCGAGUGAAUCGGCCAACGAAAAGGUGACCAUCACGUAUGACAUCAUCCCGAGGGCGUUUGCCCUGAGCGUAGCGGGAUCGAUCAAGUGUACAGAGGACUCGUCGACCUAUACCGCUGCUCAGGCCUGA